AUGCCGAUGGUCUGCCGCUACUUGACAUCUCUUGUUCGUGCAGUUGAUCCGACGCUCGAGUUUGGAGCCUUGCAGCUUCUUUUCAAUGUCCAGUCGGGUUUCCAUCUUGACAAGUUCAAUGAAAAGGGUUCGCGCAACUUGAUCAUUCCGCUGACCGAUUUCGUUGGCGGCCAGGUAUGGACUCGCGAUGAAUCUGGAGAUGCCACUUACGACCAUAAUGGGGUUAGUCUCAGGGGUCGCUUGAUGGAUGUUGCAUCAGGCCCAGUCAAGCUUGAUCCGUCGGUGCACCAUGCAGUCAUGCCUUGGCAAGGAAAUAGGAUAGUCCUUAUCGCAUACAUGCCGUCGUUCUCGGAGCGACUUCCCACCGAGAGUCGAUCUCUCCUGUCUGAGCUGGGAUUUGUUUUCCGCAAUCUCAAUUCAGGUGCCACUGUCAAGCUCCGUGACAUUCGCAUGGUCACUCAGGGCCCUCCUGCUCCAGGAUCUACGCGGCCCCUGCCGGCCGAGGUACCGCUUGUUCUUGAACUGUGCUCUGGGCACGCAGUGUUGUCUCGGGUUGCUGAGAAUUUGGGUUUUCAGGCCUUGUCGAUUGAUAACAAUUCUUCCAGGGCUCCUGGGAAACAGAUCAUGCGCCUUGAUCUCGCUGACGCUGAUAAUAUCGAUUACCUCUGUGAGCUAGUUGAGUCCGAACGGAGUCGGAUUGCUUUGAUUUUCAUUUCGCUUCCUUCAGGAACUGCAAGUGUUCAUCGGGGCAAGCACAUUGAAAAGUGGGUUCGCCAAGGUUUCCAGUUGCCUUCUGCUCUUCGGAGUUCAGACUACCCCGAUAUGUUGCCCGGGCUCUCUGGGUCUGACCGCCGCCGAGUGGAAGAGGCUAACCAACUGUACUUUGAAGUCGGGCAGGUUUUGAGGUCGGGGGAAUUUUCUCAGGCCGUCGAACAUUGCGAGCAUUGCAUCUUUCUUGAAGUGAAUGAUCCGAGAUCGCACAGCGGUGUGUUGCCAUCAGUUGAGCUGUGCAGCAUAGGCAUCCCUUGCGAGCCGGAUGAAUUCAUAAGAAGGGCCGUAGAAGUGGGUCAUCCUCGCAGUCUUGAUUUUCACCUGGAGGAGGAAGUCAGUAAGGCAGUACGAUCCAACUUUGUGGACGAUGCAUCGGAGCUGGCUCGCUUUAGGAUCUCCUUUGUCAAGAAGUGGAGUGCACGUGCCCAGGAGCUUCAACCAGCUGAGGAUAAACUUCAUUCUGACAUGCCCGAUUAUUUGUCCGAGGUGCUACGUGGCAAGCGGCUCUUGUUAUUCAAAGAGAUGAUGACAGCCGCGGGCUGCAGUGAUGAACACUUGUUCCGGGACAUUGCUUCGGGUUUUCGGAUUUCAGGGUGGAUGCCUGUGACAGGUAAUACGGCUCCCAAGGACGAGGAGCUUGAGCAGACAGUUUGGACCGAAACUCAAAAGGAGAUUGACGCCUGUUGGGUUUGGGUCGCCACAGAAUUCUCAGGCCGUAGCAUCACCAUGCGCUUUGGCAUUCGCCAGGGAGGCAAAGUAAGGUUGAUAGACGACUGCACCAUCUCUUGCUUGAACCUUACCGUGGGCUUGAGGGAGAGGUUCGAAUUGCACACGAUAGACAAGCUUGCCGCAGUUCUUUCCUGUGCUUUAGAAUGGGCCCCUGCCGGCCAUCUGAAUCACUGGGUUGGAAGAAAUUAUGAUCUCAAGUCGGCCUACAAACAGUAUGGCAUUCAUCCAGAUGACCGUGAUCUGGUUCGCAUUGCCGUCAAUCGGCCUGGACAAGAUUCGCCGGAGAUUCUGGGCUUGAACGCCCUCCCCUUCGGCUCUGUUGCUUCCGUUAGUGCUUUCCUGAGGGUUUCGUAUGCCGUUUGGAAAAUCGGUAUUGUCCUGGCCCGAGUGCUGUGGACUGCAUACUUUGAUGACUUCACGAAUGUUUGUAGGUCUCUCCUGAAGGAUAACACUGCUUGGGCCAUCGAAAGCUUGUUUGACCUCUUGGGCAUCUCUUUUGACAGGUCAGGUCGCAAGGCUGUGGAGCAUGCUGCAGUUUUCGGUACACUUGGUCUGCAAGUAGAUUUGUCCCACUCAGCAGAGCGCCGGGUGCUCAUUGGUCACACAGAAAAGCGGAAAGAUGAGCUUGUGGAAUCCUUGAAUGGCAUAAUGGAUGCCGGGAGCAUUGAGCCUAGAUCUUUCGAACGCCUGCGUGGGCGCAUGGUCUUCUUUGAAGGUUACAGCUUCGGCCGUGUCAGCAAUCAGGCUAUGCGCACUUUGGCGCGUGCAAGCAAAUCCAGUGUCACUUUCGAGUUGGGCCUGAGGCAUAAAGCUGCGCUUCAGGUUCUUCUUGACCGUGUAUCUUCGUCAGCUCCUUUGAUUGUUCAGCCGCGUAUCAGGUCCACUUGGAUCCUUUUCACUGACGGAGCUUGUGAGCCAGAGCGACAGUGGGGAGGUAUAGGGGGGGUUCUUAUCUCCCCGAACGGAUCUUGUGCAGGAUACUUUGGAGAGGAAGUGCCGUCCUCCCUUAUGCAUGAUCUUCUCGCUGCUUCGAAGAAUCCGAUCUUUGAGCUCGAGCUUGCUCCUUUGCUCAUCGCGUAUGAGCUCUGGGGUAACUUGUUUGAGGGAUCACAGCUGGUGUGUUAUCUUGAUAACGAGGGCGCGCGGCACUCUUGCAUCCGUUGCUUUGCUGACUCAUCUGAGUCAUCGGAUUUGUGGGUGCAGAAGAUUCUUGAGCUCGAGAUGCAGUCUCGAGUGCAUGUGUGGUACGGCCGCGUACCCACUUCCUCGAACAUUGCCGAUGGUCCUUCGCGGCUGACCUUUGGUGCAGUCGAGCACAUGUGCAGGUACAGGUCACGUCCUUCGUUGGCCACUCUCCUUUCAAGAAGGGGGUGA